CCAGCAACGACUCCAGGAAGUAACUGCGCACACUAAGAAAGUGUCGGUUAAAACCACAACUGGCCAUUUUUACUCCUCUGUUUUUUUGGUACAGGUUAAACAAACAAAGGAUAACGUGUUAAUUAGUGAGCUUUAGAGGUGCUGCUUGGUGGACUUUGUUACGUUUGUUUGGACAGAGCCAGGCUAGCUGUUAUCAACAGUUUCCAGUCUUUGUGCUAGCGGUUAAAGCUAAUCCGGCGGUUGGCGGGAGCCAUAGCGACAUUGUUUAGUCCUACAGACAUGAGAUCGGUAAAAGGUAUUGACUUCUUAUACAACUCUCGAUGGAGGCUUGGAAGGAAGAGAAGAGACUGAGAGCGGUGAUGGAGAAGCGCAGGGACUGUUACCGGCACCGCUAAGCUAGCUGAACCGACCGAAAGAGGGGGAAGAAACGACGGAUAAACGGCCCGGAAGGAGGAGAAUGGAGACGGUUGAGCAGCUCGUCUCCUUCCACCACAUUCAGGUCCAGUUGACCGGGGGCGCGCCGUGGGGGUUCACGCUGAAAGGAGGGCUCGAGCACGGCGAGCCGCUCAUCAUCACUAAAAUCGAGGAUGGAGGGAAGGCGGCCCAGUGCAAGAAGCUAAAAGUGGGCGACGAGCUCAUUAACAUAAAUGGAUCCGCCCUCUACGGCAGCAGACAGGAAGCGCUCAUCCUCAUCAAGGGAUCGUACAGGAUACUGAAGCUCGCAGUCAGGAGGCGCAGCGUUCCUCUCAUCAGGCCUCACUCCUGGCACCUGGCAAAGCUAUCGGAGCUGUCCCUCCCGCCCCCUCCCCCUCCUCCAUCUCCUCCUCCUCCUCCUCCUCCACCUCCACCUCCUCCACCGUCCUGCCUCCCCUCCGCCGAAUCCCCUCCUCUCCCCCCUCCUCCCCCUCCCUCUGCCAUGCAGCUCCACCCCGGCCCCUACACACUACCCUGGCACACAACUGACAACAGUGACUUGUCCAUGCAGUGGGGUCAGCUGUCCAGACCUUACUCGUCCACCGACCGAAGCAGUUCCCUGGGCUCCAUGGAGAGCUUGGACACACCCACACCCACCACACAGCCAUACUCCGACUCCCACAAUUCACCUGUCGACCCAGUCCUCUUCAACAACAAGAGAGAUUCCGCCUACAGCUCCUUCUCUGCCAGCUCAAACACAUCCGACUACGCCACGGUGCCGCUGAGGCCUGGUGAAGCCUGCUCCAUGGAUAACCUCCUACAAAGCCUUGGGCCAGCUUGUCGAGGCUACCCCGGCGGUGAUGCCUCAACCCUAGGGAGUUCAUCUGGCGAGGCCCAGGAUGAGGCACACCUGAUCGUACUGAAGUCAAGGUCGCUGACUAGGCCGAGACCGAGGCCUGUCGAGUUAAAAGAGAGGCCGUCCUCCUGCUGUUAUGAGGCGGAGAGGAGGGGAGGAGACUUUGAUAUCUUAAGAAAUGGAGAAAGGGGAACAGGAAGAAAGAUGAACCCUCCUCAACCUCCAACCAGGAAGGACAGUUUCAAGGCAACCCGGAGUCGCCCUAAUGCUGCCAACAAACGUUGCGCCUCUGCUCCGAUUGAAAUUUCCAGCGUCUACUAUGAUGAAAACAAGACCUCUCUAAAUGUUGAAUCAGGAGUUCAUAAUGGCUUCACUGUACCAGAAGAGGGUGACAAAACUGUGAAUUUCAAAGCAAAUACCAUAGAAUCCUACUAUAUCCAAACUCAGACUAAAGAACUUGGACCAAUCAGAUGUGAUACUAGUGGUAAAAGAGACUACAAUUCAGAGACAAACUCAGAUCACCUCUCUGACACAGUGAGGGCCAACUCCUCACCUGGUCCUGGUUCCUUACCUGCAGAAUCCCCAAUGGAGGUUCAAGAGCACUCUCAUACCAUGCACUCCGACACCACGCACUCCUCUACGGGGCUUCACCGGCACAGUGCCCCCGACAAGCUCCUCGCUACACAACUUCAGUUAUUGCAGUUUAACAGUGACAGCUCGUCAUUGGAGCCUUACAAUCCGUCGUACCCCGCAGAUCCCUCUUUGUCUCCUUGUAGCAGCCAGUGGUCCCAUUCGCCACUACAGCCCACAACGGAGAACCAAGAAGCUUCUCACAAUCACCUGGCCCCAUCAAGCAAGUGGGGAGGCAGCCGAUGCUCAACCCCAGGAUCUGUAUUCUUGGAAGGGGAUGGCGGUGAAGAAGAUUCAAGUGACAGGGUGGAUGGGAUGGGUGUGAAUGGCAAUUCCCUCUCCCCGAUUCAGCAUCACCACCCCUGGGGCCGCUCUGUGAGUGUACCAGGGGACCCCACUGGAUCAUCAACCCAGGGAAGGUUGGGCCCUGACCAGAUACUGGAGAGAGAUUUUGAGCCUCUCAGUGCUGCUGCAAGUAUGGACACAUUACUGGAGGAGCAGAGAGCAGUGGACAGAGGGAUGAGAGGAGGGAAAAAAGAGGAGAAUGUAGAAGGAGAGGUAGUGAUGAAGAAGUCAGACGCGGCCAGGAACCAUAGACGAAACCGUCGUCGCAGUGAGCGUUUUGCUACUAACCUCCGCAAUGAGAUUCAGAGGAAGAAGGCCCAGCUUCAGAGGAGCCGGGGCCCAGGAGGGUUGCUUUGUAGUGGUGAGACUGUCCAGGAGGAGGAGGGUCCAGACCUCCAUGAGGACGGGGAAGAACCAGACCUGCAAGCCCAGGAAAGAAGUACCAAAGUUGCAUUUGCCUCACCUGUUAGUCCCCCAGACGCCCGGACCACAGCACCAGUUGAAAAAUCUAACACAUCAAAUGAACAAAACCAUGAUGUCUCACAGACUCAACUCCAGUCCACAAGCUACAGUCAAAACAACAUAUCCAGGUCUGUUCAGAUUCUGGACCCAGGCGUGCCCAAUUUUGGUGUUGGCAUCCGAGUUGUGGAGGAACCAGCUCCAGCUGGCAAAGCCCGUCGCUGGCGUUGGACUCCUGAGCAUAAACUCCAACCAGAGCCCGAACCAGACAGACGGUGUGGAGUCUCGGGUGAGAAGGUGUUAGGUGUCACAAGGUCAAGGCAUGGAGUUUGUGCCUUCACCUCGUCCACCACCUCCUCCUACGGUCGCUCCUCGUCCUGUUCUCGGAUAGAGGAGUCAGAUAUUCUUCCGUUUGCAGAUAGAAUGAAGUUUUUUGAGGGUAUGUCUGGGCCAGAUGUCUCAAAUCUGUCAAGUCGCAGGCAGAAGAAGCCGCCCCACAAUCUGGAGCACCAAGGAGGGGAGCGUGGUCAGUACCCAAGCCAAAGGAGAUACUCCUACCAGGGAGGACUUCAGCAGGAAAGUACUCUGCUUCCAAACGCCUUGGAAGCCAGGAGGCAGUCUGUGAGUACCAGCAGAGAGAGGCAGAAAGAGAAGGAGAGGGAACAAGCGAGAGAAAUGGAGGAGAGGGCAAAGGAACGAGAGAGGGAAGAAAGGUUGAGGGAAAGGGAGAGGCAGCAGGAGAAGGAAAGACAGGAGAGAGAAAUAGAACUGGAAAGGGCAAAGCUGAGGGAGAUUCAGCGGGAGAGGGAACGAGAAGAGAGGGCGAGACAGUGGGAAAGGGAAAGAGAGAGGGAGCUUGAGCUGGAAAGAGAAAAAGAGAUGGAGAGGGCAAAGGAGAAGGAACGUCUCAAAAAAGAAAGAGAGAAAGAGCUCGAGAGAGAAAGAGAGAAGGAAAUGGAGGAAAAUGCCCAGCUCGCAUCACAUCAAGACUUCAUACACAAGGACAACUUCCACAGCUUCCAUCCCAAGCCUCAGGCGUUCUCCCACGGCCAGAAUCAAGUCCCACGAUCUGCUUUUUACCCAGUCAACACCCCUUCACAGCCUCUGGAGAAACAGCAACCUUUGCACCAGGGCUACACAGCGAGGAGCUACACGCCUACAGAAACGUAUCCCGCCCGGCAACAGGAAACGACCAAGCUCAACAGGAAGUACAGCCUGACUGAGAGGGACUACCCGAGCUGGAGACGGGAGUCCCGACCUCCAGAUGGCAUCAAUCAGCAUUAUCAGCACCCCCAACAGGGUCGGUGGGCCCCCAGACAGCUCGACGGGAGCAGCGAUGACCGCAACGGAUACGCAUACGCUCCCCCGCCAGCCCCUCUCUCACUCCGGGGACGAGCCAUGUCCGAAAACGACCUCCGCUUUGACAGCAGCCACCGCUGGUCGCCGUCUAUUUUCUCGGCGACCAGCCAGACCCUGAGCGAGGUGGAGGAAGGAGCGGCCGGUGUCAGGGGAGGAGAUGCGGCAAGCGCUGCUAGGCUAAACAGGAAGAAGACGCCACCUCCCCCGAGACCACCGCCCCCGAAGUGGGAGCAGUUUCACCGCAGGCGUGCGUCUCAUCACACCAUGUUCCCCCCCUCUCCUUCUUCUGCUGUUCCUCCGCACCAUCACUCCAUCCCUCCCUCCCUCGACCCCGCAGAGGGAAACCUUCCUUACGUCCCUCCACCUGAAACGUCCAGGCAGAGGUCCUACAGUCUUCCUCCGCAGAGGCAGGAAGUCACGGAGAGCUGCUCGCACUGCAGCUGCAACCAAACCCAAGAACGCACAUAUUCUCAAGCCCCAUCCAAUCAGAAUCAACCACCGUUACACGAACAGCCUUUUCCCCAUGCUACGUCCAAUCAGAAUCAGGCUCAAUAUCAGGAACGCCCCUUUUCAAUCGCUCCGCCCAGUCCUAUGUUCUCCAGACGGGCCUUCAGGCCGGUGGCUCCGCCCCACAGAGAGAGGGAUGGGAACUUGAGGAACACGCAUGGCGGACAGCAGGAGAGGGCGGAUGUUUUAUCUGCUCGACCUCCACCUGCAGCACCGAACAGUGUGAACAGUUUAUAUGAGAUGGACACCAGCCGCAGCCCAGACCAGGACAGAACAGCAGCAAGACCUCACAAACAGCAGCCCAGCGUGAGACCCGGAGCCGAGUGGGAGCGAGCUCCGUCUCCCAGAGUUCAUAGCGACACGGCGCGUCCACCUGUUUUAGAGAAUGGAGGCGUCGGUGGGGUCUGGGACUACGAGCAGCAGCAGCAGCAGCAGCAGGUCUGUAUGAACCGAGGCUUCCAGAGUGUCGAACCGCAGAGGAUCCCCGAACCAGGAGCCGAAUCGGAGACGACCCUCAGCCCGAGCCCCGUGCACAGUCUGGAGGCGGAGCUGGACGUCCCCAUGGAAACGGACAUCGAUGACUUCCAGGAAGAGGAGAGACUCCUGGUAGAAAACGAGCCGAUCACCAGCGAGCUCCCCUGCUUCGCGCUGCCAGUCACGGUCCUGGAGACGGACAUCGACACCUUGGCGGAUUCAGAGGCGUCGCCGUCGAGUAGGACGAGGGCGGAGAGCGGGUCUCUGGAGGAGGAGCUGGAGGUCGGGGAGAGCAGCCUGGAGGAGCUCUUCCCCCAAAGCAACGAGGGAGAGUCGGGCACGGAGAGCUGGAGAGGAGCCUACCAACCCACGGAGCACAACACCGACAGCUUGGAUAGGCGGUCCGGUGCGAGCUCCAGCUGUUCGUCCUAUUACAGCACGUCAGCAGCCAAGGCGCAGCUCCUGUCGCAGAUGAAGGACUUCACCGAUAACAGAGAGAGGGACGACGACGAGCUGACCUACAAGAAACAGCUGAUGGAGAGCCUCCGUAAGAAGCUGGGAGUGCUGAGAGAAGCUCAGAGGGGACUGCAGGACGACAUCAGAGCCAACGCACAGCUGGGAGAGGAGGUGGAGAGCAUGGUGGUGGCGGUGUGUAAGCCCAACGAGGUGGACAAGUUCCGCAUGUUCAUCGGCGAUCUGGACAAGGUUGUCAGCCUGCUGUUGUCGCUGUCGGGGAGGCUGCUGAGAGUGGAGACCACGCUGGAUACACUGGACCCCGAGGCGGAGCACCACGAGAGGCUCCCCCUGCUGGAGAAGAAGCGUCAGCUCAUGAGGCAGCUGUCAGAGGCCCAGGACCUGAAGGACCACGUCGACCGCAGAGAGCAGGCCGUCAGCCGGGUGCUGGCCCGCUGCCUCUCCCCCGAACACCACAGAGACUACAGCCACUUUGUGAAGAUGAAGGCCGCCCUGCUGGUGGAGCAGAGGCAGCUGGAGGACAAGAUCCGGCUGGGAGAGGAGCAGCUGAGGGGGCUGAGGGAGAGCCUGGGACUUGGGAUGGGGAUGGGAAUGGGAAUGUCAAUGGGAUACGGACACUAUUAAGAAAAACUUUUAAAGAGAUGAAGAAGAAGAAGAAGAAGAAGGGUUGUGCAGUAGUCCUACAGUAUUCAGUCCAAGUCAAAUUCAAGACGAGGAACAAAGGGGGUUGAGAGGCUGUGAACAUGCAGAGUACAUGUGUGUAAAGGAAUAGUUUGACAUUUCGGGAAAUAUGCUUGUUCUCUUUCUAACCGAAAGUUAGACAAGAAGAGGAAUCACCAGCACAGAUCACCUCUAAAACUCAUUGAUUAACUUUUUAUAUCUUUUUUUUAAAGAUACGUAUAAAAACUAAAGUGUAACAGUGAUAAUUUGUGGUUUUACGUGGCGUUAACGUGCCAGACAAUUUCCUGGCCAGACGCCGUUCUUCAGUAUCUUCAGAGGUUGACAUGAAUCCAGCGGAGACACCGGGAGUUUCCAGUCUUCCGGUCGUAGCUUCAUGUUCUGCAUCCCCAAAAUGUCAAAUUAUUUCUUUUAAGGAUUUGUAGAGAUUUGUAGAUCUGAAAGUUCCUGGACGAAAACAAACAGCUUGAAACAGACUGAAAGUUAUAAAUUAGGAAGGAAAAUUUUGACUCCAAACACACACUGAUGGCUCAGAUCAAAACAAGAAGCACGAGUCCUGGACUUGAGUACUACAGCACUGGUAAAAAAAAAAGGAUAAAGAAGAAGAAGAAAGUGAAACAUGGACCCACAGAAUACAUGAUUGGAUUUGGAUAUAACUGAAACUCUUGGCUGUGAACAUCCAAGAUUUGGGAACUACAAGUAAAAGACUGAAACAGGAGCUUCAAGAUUCACUUUUCAGAGAGCUAACAAUUAAAAAAAAUAUUAAAAAUUCAAGCCGUGUUACUACAUUUCAGCCGCUGUGGCGACAGUAAGGACUACUUUUACACAUUAUGUGCCUGAAACAUGUACUGUAAAACAUGACACUACCCUUUUUCUUCUAUUUUAAACAGUAUCACACUACGUUUGCCAAAGACAUUAUCGCUUCAUGAAUGUGUCACACAGACGCUGCUUGUCGUUUUUUUUCCUUUUUCGUAUUUAAAUCUCCUGGUUCAGAGAAUCAAAGGAGACUUUUUUGUUUUGUUUUUCGGUGCUUUACACUUUAUGAAACUGUGUUUCCAUUAACAUCACUAAAGUCGAUAUCGUGAGAUGCCGUUUUGCAGCGUUAUUAACUGCCACUGGGAUGUUAGCUGAGCAUAUUACUUCUCUUUUUUGUUGCUGGCUGACACCUGCGUUCAGCAAUACAUAUAGUUUAUUAUCCACCAUAAUAUCGUCAUAUCACUUUGUAUUCCCGUUACUAUAACGUCUGCAGCUGUAACAUGUUUUACUGCGUGUGAGUUUGAGACUCCACCGACUCGUUAUACUGUCACGUAAAUGACCGUUAUGUACAGAAGACACUUGUGUUUAUAAUGUAUACGAUGUGUGUGUAUAUAGUGAUUUU